AUGACGGCGGACGAGGCAGAUGUUUCCACGCUCGCUAGUGAACGCCACGCCGUUGAAGCGAACACGCUUGCCGACGCAAGCAGCGAUACCGAAAUCCCUACUUUCUCCGACGAAUACCGUGCUGCCGAAGAGACUACUGAUACGGAUGUGCGCACGAUGAUCGCCAUCAGCACCGCCGGCGAAGCGGCCAAGAACGGAGGCGAGUUAGGCAAGGAGUCGAGUGCUACCGCGAGUCGCUUUCAGUUAUGCAACAACCACGGCCACAUCCCCAGUCCGCCAUCGGUGUCUCCGGAAGCCGCUGCAAACCGGGGUGGACGGGUUCUACGGCCGAGUGAUCGCAAGAGGAGCGUGGUGUUCUCUGGUGACGAAAUAUCGGCAUCGCCAUCGCCAUCGCCAUCGCCAGCUCACGGGCCAUGUCUCGGACCGCCGCCAACUUCCACCUCCACCGAGCGUGCGGCGGCAGCAGUAGAUCCCAUACUUGCUCCUAAUCAAGCAGACGAGCUACCCCGCAAACCAGCCGGCCGGCCCCACCCCCAGCCCCACGACCGCUACGGGGCAGCUCUGGAGGCCCCUCAAACCAACAAGGAAGUCAGCGAGAACCAGACUCCCGCAGAAGGAGACUCUGGUGGUGGUGGUGGUGGUGGUGGAGGAGCCGCCCUGAUGCACCAGGAGCGGCAGUCGGCACCACCCCUUCCCGUCGCGCCCAGUGCGGGGGGCAAUUCUGCGCCUCAACCCACAGCCACCACAGCCACCACCACCGCGACAUUCGUACACCGGCGCCGGUACUCACCAGAAGAGGUGCUGGAGCGGCUGGAACAAAUGGGCUUCCUGGCCGGAUGUCCCACGCGAGAGGCGGCAAGACUUAACGCUGCACUCCGGGGCCCGUCGUCGUAA